AUGACAACAGGAGGAAGGCAGGGGUGCCUCCUAAGCCCCCUGCUGUUCAUCACUGCACUGGACUGGAUUAUGAGAGAAACCACAGAGGGGGGAAGAACCGGGAUACAAUGGACACUGCUGAGCAUGCUAUAUGACUUGGACUUCGCUUACGAUCUUGCCCUCUUGAGCUACAGCAUUGGACAAAUGAGAGGGAAGAUGCAGAAGCUGGAGGACAAUUCAGGCCGAGUGGGACUGACAGUAAAUGCCACGAAGGCGAUGCGCGUUAAAACAAUAGGGAACGCGAAACCAGUGAGCUGCAGAGGGGUAGAGCUGGAAAUAGUGAAAGACUUUACCUACCUAGGAAGUGUCAUCAGUAGUAGUGGCGGGGCUGAAAUGGACAUUGAGGCCCGCAUAGGAAAAGCUAAGGCAGCGUUCGCUCAGCUAAAACCAGUCUGGAAGGCAAGGAACAUCUCUCUGAAAACUAAACUGCGAAUCUUCGAGUCCAACGUCCUGUUGUAUGGCUGUGAGACGUGGGGACUGACACAAGCAAACAUCAAGAAACUCCAGACCUUCAUCAACGCGAGGCUCCGCUAUAUACUCGGGAUCUGGUGGCCCAGGAAGGUCAGUAACCAAGACCUUCUGGAGAUAGCAGGACAAGAAAGAGUGGAGAUGACCAUCAGAAGGCGUAAAUGGAGAUGGAUAGGACACACGCUAAGAAAACCCCCAGAAUCCAUCACUAGAACUGCCCUUGACUGGGACCCCCAAGGGAGACGGAAGAGGGGAAGACCGCGGUUGUCCUGGAAGAGAGGUGUCAGGAAGGACCUAACAGCAGCCAACACCUCGUGGCAAGAGGUGAAGAAGAUCGCAAGGGAUCGAGGGAGGUGGAGAUCUUUCACUGAAGCCCUGUGCUCUAGGACGGGCUAA